GAUCUCAUGAAAAGCUCCAUUCAAAUCCUGGUCACGGCACCAGACUGACAGAUUACACAGCCAUCAAUGGCCUUGGCUUCCAAGUGGUUGCCUACCACAUCUGCCAGGCAGACAACAGUGCCACCUGCAUGGUGGCUGACAUGGUUUCCAGCAUGGCUGCUCAGAUGGCUAAAGCUCCACAGCUAGUAGCCUACCGUGGAGCUUUUACUGCAG